AUGGCAUGGCUUGCGUGCUUGGCAUGGGCGGUUGGAGUGCAGAUGGUGGCUGCAAAGGGCGGCACAGGGGCACCAAGCUGUCCUCAAUCCCAAGGUUCUCUUUUUCUGCAGAAUCUGCGAGUUCUCAACAGCCGCCAGGAGCAAGGGCAGAUAGGCUUUGCUCGCCUGCAGGCAUUGGCCAAUCGCAGUGGCGAGACAUGUCCAUCAUGCACGUGCCCCACUAGCCUGCUGCAGCGGAAGCCGCUUUUUAGGAGGAUGAAUGCUUUGGAGAACUUGGUCGAUGACGAUGUUGUGCAAACCGUGGCUCCGCUCGCGUACGGGGCGAAGUUUAUGAACUGCCUGUCCGCGGUGAGCAAUGUGGCAUCGAUCGCCAGUGUCUUUGGACUCGGCUUUGGGGAUGGCAUGUCAAACGAAGAGCUCGAGCACAAGAUUUCAGAAGAAAUCCAGCGGGAACAUGGAAAAACACGUGAAUUGAUCAACGAGAACCACCGGGAGGUCAUGGCAGAAAUUGAGAGUCAGGCAGAGGAAACCAGGGGUCUCAUCACGCAGUUUGGAAAGGCAGCAGAUGCGUACCAUCGCUUCUAUUCGUGUGCAAUGCCCACUACCUUCACGAAGAGCCUACUGGAGAAUUUUGUCCAAGCUCGCCCAGUGCAUUUGUCCACCUUGUCCGAGAACCUUGGAAGUUCAGGCUUUCCAUUGGACGUUCUCUUGGAGAUUUCGGAGGAGGAAGCUGUCAAAUACGAGAAUGUUUGGGACCACAUCCGAUCGGUACUUCCCGUCGAGGGCGAUCCAGGGCUUGCGCCGAGCCUGCUCCAAGUUCCUUCGCACGCGAAAACAGCGGCGGUUCUACAAGUUUGGACACUUGACAGCCUGGCGAACCUUACUACAGGUCGUUGCACUCCAAAAGUUAGAGUGCCUGGCCGAAGUGCAUCGGGUGACGCGCCGGCUCUGGUUCUAAAGCUUGACGGUGUUGGCGACCCCCCCUCUCCGCACAAUCGUUUCCUAUCCUUUCCAAGCCAGUGGACCCCACCCGCGUUUGGAAGCUUUGAACCACAGAAGACGAGUGGGCGUGCUGGCAGUUCUCGUUGCGCUGCUGGAGUGCACGCCGUGACGGGAAGGAUCACCGAUUUCAGCUGUGUUCCAUGGGGCCCGCAUUCGGAGCUAUCCCCGAAUGCUGAAACCGAGGCCAGCGCCCUGCUGGACGACAUAGAGAAGGCGUCGAAUUUGUUUCUGAUAUUGGGUGUGAACCGCCUCGACUCCCUGGAUUUGAAGAUCACCAUGCCAAUUGCCCUCCUGGGGCCGCUGGAGGAUGACCCCGACCUCGGCCUGGACAACUCGAGCAUCAACUGGAUCCUGGCGCUCGGAACGCUUGCGCGGGCCUUCGGCAAGUUCGUCAACGGGGUGUUGGUGGACACAUUUGGCGUUCGCCCCUUCCUCUACGUGGCCUUGCUGCUGGCUUCGGGCGCCUGCCUCGUCUUCGCUUCUUCCAGCGGGGCAGGUACUCUUGGCGCGGCCGUCGCCACUCUCAACUACUGCUGCUCUGGGGCGUGGCUGACUGGGUGUAAAGUCAUCGAGCGUCGCUUCCGUCGAGAAGACUCGGGACUUUGCUUCUCGGUGCUUGCCACGUGUUCUCGUCUGGGCUCCGUGCUCACACGCCUUGGCCUCGGCCUUGUGCUGCUUCUGCUGCCCUGGCGGCAGAUCGCCUACGGCGCGGCGGCCGUGCUGGUCACUUCCUGGUUCUUGGUGGUGCAGGUGCUCCUGAAGGGCGAUGCGGCCCUCGAGAAGGAUGCAGAUGGAAAGCCGAAGCUUCAGGUGGAGCCAGGCACGCCGCGCCGAUUGCUUUCCGCUAAAGUUUCAAAGGCCGGGCAAAGAACCGGAAAACAGGCGGAAUCGACGGAGGCGCCGACUCUCUGCCAGGUGCUCUCGAACCGAGGUUUGCAGCUCCACUGCAUCGUCAUCGCGGGCGCGACGUGCCUUAUGUCGCUCGAGAAUAUGUGCCCGCUGCUUUUAAAAGAUUUUGCGAGUCUCACCAAUGCAGAGCUUAGCAUUCGCACGGCGAUUUUCCCUGCCGGCGUCCUCAUCGGAGUAUUGACGCUGCCGCAUCUGCAUGCACGAAUUCCCAGCCAGACAGGAAAGCUGCUCCUGGAGCUCGGUCUCCAGUCGCUGGCACUGGCGGCCGGAGGCUUCCUCACCCUUUUGGUGAGCCUGCCAGCGAAGACCGUCCGGGUGGAGUUUCUCCUGAGCUGUUUGGUCUGCAUGGCCUUAGGUAUCUCUUUCAACUACUACAUCAAGCCUGGCAUGCACACCCUGGAGUUCGGAGAGAGCUGCGCCACGGCUUCUUCAAUGUUGGACACCGUGGGUUACUUUGCCACCGUGGCCUUCCAGUUCUCAACAUCAGUUCUGUUUCGGAAUGGAGGAUGGUUCAAAGAGCUUGGAGGGCCGUGGGUCCACAUAGCCGUGGCGCUCGUGUUCUGGGUGGUGGUCAUGAACGUGGGCACGGUGGCCCUCUUCGUGGAGCGCUCCCCGGGCUCCCUGCCGAAGUGGCGCGACCUGCGGGACCAGUUCUGCGGCCGUUCGUUGACCGUCGGGCUGCUUUUGCUGGGCGGCAGCUCGUUUGCUCUCCUGGCACUUCCCGCGCGCGUGGUGGAGGAGGAGAUUCCGAUGUGUAUUGAAGUCGAUGGGCGCGAGAGCUGCGCUGCCUCUCUGGACUCCUAG